AUGGCAGUUGAGCUCCUCGCUGUUAAAGCCGCACUAGAGACCAUUAGCAGAGCGUCUUGCAACUCACUCAUAUCAAGCACUCGCGAGCUAUGCAAAGCUAAUGCUGCUAUUGCAAAAGCGCUCUUAUAUCUUAGUCAAAGCGGUGUUUCUGAUACUGAUCGAGUAGAAGUUGAAGUUGGGGGUAACAUAAGCUCCGAGCAUGCCGACCUUGCCAAUCUCCAGACGCAGCCUUACACCGCCUCAGAAAAUGAUACUGCACAGGAUGAGGCUCAGAGCAUACUGAAGAGAUAUAAGGCUCAGCGAUGCAGACCAGAUCAUGCAGUAGUGAGGCUUGCGCAGUACUGGAUUCAGAGAAAGUUGACGGGAUCUAGUUUCUGUAACGUUGGUGAUGCAGAUGAACACAGACUGGGUAUCAAGAGGAAAAGGUCUAUUGACAGCACUUGA